AUGACCUCUUUUCUUCUUGGUAUUGCUGUUGUGGUCAGGAACUGCUACCAGUCAGAGGAUGAAAUGGAUACUCCCAAGGAGGGCAGAGCCAAAGGAGGAAUUGAUUUUAAAAUCAGAACGAUAGAACUAGAUGGAAAGAAAAUCAAGCUUCAGAUAUGGGACACAGCAGGUCAGGAAAGAUUUCGAACCAUCACGACAGCAUACUACAGAGGAGCCAUGGGAAUUAUGCUGGUCUAUGACAUCACAAAUGAAAAGUCCUUCGACAAUAUUAAAAAUUGGAUAAGAAACAUUGAAGAGCAUGCCUCUUCAGAUGUGGAGAGAAUGAUCCUGGGUAACAAAUGCGAUAUGAAUGACAAAAGACAAGUGUCAAAAGAAAGAGGGGAGAAGUUAGCAAUUGACUAUGGGAUUAAAUUCUUGGAGACAAGUGCAAAAUCCAGCACAAAUGUAGAAGAGGCAUUUUUUACACUUGCACGAGAUAUAAUGACAAAACUCAACAGAAAAAUGAACGACAGCAAUUCAUCAGGGGCAGGCGGACCAGUGAAAAUAACAGAAAACCGAUCAAAGAAGACCAGUUUCUUCCGGUGUUCACUCCUUUGAUGAACUUUCUCUGAGAGACUGCAGCACACCUAGAGGACCCUUUCCUGCUUCUCUGAAAGCACAGGUCACCCAGCCUCAGAAUCACACCGCCAGGCUGCUGCUGAGAGCACCACCGAACCUAGACCUCUUGACACAAUGCCAAGUGGAUUCCAGCCGUGUGGCCUAGCAAAAUAACAGGCUCCUUUUUUCAAACCUGGAAGCAAUGAAGUGGAGACACAUGCAAGACUUGUUUUUUCUUUGUUUUGUUGCCUGUUGCAGAAGCUGCUAUCUUUCUUUUUCACUUUGCACAUCAGUGUUAGCCUUUCCCUGUCAUAGCACCAGCUGAUACUCUCAUAUGCACACUUUUGUCUCAUGAAGUUCUAGACAAAUUUAUGCUUUGGGGGAUGUUUUUUAAAAAAAGAAUAGAACAUUUAAAGCAGAGAUCAGUGUACUAAAAUGAAAGGACAUUGUUCUGGUUCAUAUGGCCAGAUGUUACUGCAUUCAUAGCAUUUAUUUAAGGGCUCUGAUUUAUGGUUUUCUUAAAUAAGAAUCAUUAAAUUCUGAUAAAAGUUUAUCUUAAAAAUUCAUAAAAGUGUCCCUCUCUUCAUCAGAGGCCAUAAUUUCUUUAUUUCUUACUGUUUAGUGCUUUGCUUCAUUCCUGACCUUUUAGCCAGAGUCUGGGUAGCUGCAUGAAUCACUUUUCAGUUGAUUCCCUCUGCCUAACCUAUAAAAACUGCACCUGGAAAUGACCUUACUCUCACUUUUCCUGGGGUUUGUAUUUGCUGUCUUUUCCUAUGUUUGACCUAUUGUAAUCACCCAGUUACCUAAAACAACACAUUUGACCAUUGUUGUUUGUUUCUAGUUUUGAACUCUUGAGUUGAAAUUUUACCUGGGCAGAGAAAUGUACCAUUUAGGGUUUUAUUGCAGCAUCUAAUUGUGGUUCCAUCACAAUAGCAUGCGUAAUAUAUUUUGUCUUAGGUUUACUCCUCAGCCUGCUGGUUUAGUUGUAAUACCCAGUUCCUACCAUAAUCCCUGUGUACAAGAGUUAACAAGAGUUAGAUUUAGAUUUUAGUUCACAAAAAGCUUACCUAUAGGAAGAGAGGUUACUUAACAUAAGUUUAGUAGAGAUAGCUCUUGGUGAUGGUGAAAAUAAUUAUUUUUGUUCUGUUUUUACUUGGGCUUUUUAAAAAGUUAAAAAUAAUUAGACCUAACGCAGCCUCUAGGAAAAGUCUUGCCUUUUCAUGAGAGAAAAUAGGAGCAAGGUUUCAUUUUUAAAGUAGCUGUUGUUGAAUGUGUAGAACCAGUUCCAUCUGCUCAGGUUUGUUAGAGAACGUGGUCCAGUCGUUUGGGCCAAAGCCAGCCAGAAGCUUAGCUGCCUUUCUCACCACACACUGGUACUGGGACACCUUUUGUAGAUGAAACCGCCACAUAGGAAAAUAAAGGUAUUUAGUGUUAACUAUGUGCCAAAUUAAGAUCAUUAUGUCACUGCUGUUAUUCUAGCCUUCAGUGUCAUAACACAAAAAAGAGAAACAAGAGGAGAUGAAGGAAAUGAACCGUAGUAAUUAUUCUUCCUCUUAGACCUGGUUUGUUUCACAAAGUGGACCAUCAUGCUUAAAUUCAGAAUAGUAAAUGGAAGUGGAAACGGAUUGCUUGUUACCACGGAGAAUUCUGCUUCCAAUUAAGAUGUGUCAUUAGAAUGCUUGAACCGCUCAACCUUUACUACUUGUUUGAAAACCUAUGCACAAUUUAGCUGCAGCAAAUAUUCCAGAGCUAUUUUCGAUGGAUACUCUAAACUUAUUAACAGAUUUCAGCCUCCUUGAUUUUAACGUACCUAUAGGCUUAAAAGCACCUGCUGGUGUCCCAGUAUAGUCAUUGAAAGUUGAUUGUAAGUCUACCACCUUAAAAUUAGAUACAUUUUUGGAAAGAAAAAAUAAUUUCUUAGAAACAUAUUGUAUUCACUAAUUUUCUGGAAAAAAAUUCCAAGCAGUUAAGCUUUCUGGAGGAUAACAAAGUAGUUUCUAAAAGGCAAGUGCUAUGACACCAUGUAUGAAUGUAAUUCUCUUAGUAAUUUACCUCUGACUAUUUGGUGUCUUAACACUCUGGUUUAUAUCUCAGGGGUUAUCUGCAAACCAAAACUGACAUGUUCUAUGGUUACCUUUUUUUUUAAUAGAAUGCUUUGCUUUUGUUCUGUUCCUUCCCUCUUCUUUUGUCUUAUAUGGAUUAAUAACUAGUCUCCGUGAACUUCCCUUUGAAAGAGCCUGUAAAAGCUAGAUGAGUCUAAAGGUGCUCUUUGAAGUAGCAGCAAGUUAGGGAUAUAUGCUCUGUUGUACUGAAAUAAAUCGUCCUUGCUAUUUUCUUACAUUUAGUCUUGCUAAAUUGUA